UCGCUGUACAUACAUACACACACGCACGCGAGAGGGUUUUGUGGCCUGAGUCCAGCUGGUCAAUUCAUUGGAUGACCUGGCUAAACUAGGAUAAUCAACCAUGACUACAGAAUCUGGUUCAGACUCUGAAUCCAAAGAUCAGGACCAAGAGCAGAAAGAAACAUCUGGUCAACAAGGAACAGCAACUCAAGAACAGCAGCCACAGCAAGUGAAGGAAGAGCACCAGAAUGCAUUAGACCAAUUUUCCAGUGUUGCAGCCCAUAGCACUCCUGUGAAAAAGGAAGAGGCCACUGACAAGGAACUUGAAGUUGCUGCUGCAGUGGCAAAGCAACUGGAAUAUCAGCAGUUCGAAGACGACAAACUCUCUCAAAAAUCAUCUUCAAGCAAACUCUCCCGAUCUCCUUUAAAGAUUGUCAAAAAACCAAAAACUAUGCAGUGCAAAGUAAUCCUUCUGGAUGGCUCUGAAUAUGGCUGUGAAGUAGAGAAACGCUCAAAGGGCCAGAUUCUUUUUGACAAAGUAUGUGAGCACCUGAACCUCUUGGAAAAAGAUUACUUUGGGCUAACUUACAGAGAUAUGGAAAAUCAGAAGAAUUGGUUGGAUCCAGCCAAGGAAAUUAAAAAGCAGAUCCGAAGUGGUGCUUGGCAUUUCUCAUUCAAUGUUAAAUUCUACCCUCCUGAUCCUGCCCAACUUUCUGAAGAUAUUACAAGGUAUUACCUCUGCUUGCAGCUGAGAGAUGACAUUGUGUCUGGACGAUUGCCAUGUUCUUUUGUUACACUUGCACUAUUAGGCUCCUAUACAGUUCAGUCAGAGCUUGGAGAUUAUGAUCCUGAUGAAUACGGAAGUGAUUAUAUCAGUGAAUUCCGCUUUGCACCAAACCAUACUAAAGAAUUGGAAGAUAAAGUAAUAGAGCUUCAUAAAAGCCAUAGGGGAAUGACACCUGCAGAAGCAGAGAUGCACUUUCUGGAAAAUGCCAAAAAACUCUCUAUGUAUGGAGUAGAUCUACAUCACGCCAAGGAUUCUGAAGGAGUUGAAAUCAUGUUAGGAGUUUGUGCAAGCGGUCUCUUGAUUUAUCGAGACAGACUCAGAAUAAACAGAUUUGCUUGGCCUAAGGUUCUCAAAAUUUCAUAUAAGAGGAAUAAUUUCUACAUCAAAAUUCGACCAGGGGAAUUUGAGCAGUUUGAAAGUACAAUUGGAUUUAAACUACCAAAUCAUCGUGCUGCAAAACGUCUGUGGAAAGUAUGUGUUGAACAUCAUACGUUUUUCAGACUCUUGCUACCAGAAGCUCCUCCAAAAAAGUUCCUUACACUAGGUUCUAAGUUUCGCUAUAGUGGAAGAACACAAGCCCAAACAAGAAGGGCUAGUGCACUGAUUGACCGCCCUGCACCUUACUUUGAACGUUCAUCAAGCAAACGCUACACUAUGUCCCGCAGCCUAGAUGGCGCAUCAGUGAAUGAAAGCCAUGACAUGUACAUGAAGGAUUCUAUGUCUGCUGCAGAGGUUGGUACUGGCCAGUACGCGACAACAAAGGGCAUCUCCCAAACCAACUUGAUAAGCACUGUGACUCCAGAGAAGAAAGCAGAAGAAGAGAAAGAUGAUGAACAGAUAAAAAAGAAAGCAGAGGAAGUCACUCCGGUUUCAGCGGUACGGCACGAUACUAAGACUGACAGCGAAAGGACCGACACCGCAGCGGAUGGUGAAACCACUGCCACAGAGUCAGAUCAGGAAGAAGAUGGUGAUCUCAAGGCACAGUUUUUUCAGAGUAGUCUGAUUAAGCGCAUACAGGGUGAAAAUGUGUAUAUCAAACAUAGUAAUCUUAUGUUAGAGGAACUAGAUAAAACCCAAGAAGAUCUGAUAAAACACCAGACAAAUAUAAGUGAGCUGAAACGGACAUUCUUAGAAACCGCCGCAGAUACCUCAGGGACUAAUGAAUGGGAAAAGAGACUCUCAACAUCCCCAGUCCGGCUUGCUGCAAGACAAGAAGAAGCCCCUAUGAUUGAACCACUUGUGCCUGACGAGACCAAAGAAGAGAAAGAAAAAUCUGAAAAACGUAUAUUUUUACAGAAGGAAAGCACUACCUACCUUGAUUCUCAGGGCACUGAGGAUUGGGUUAUUGUAGACAAAGUACCCAUUGAGGUAGUUGAUGGUGAAUCGAAAACUAUUAUGACAUACAAAUUAAUGACUGUGAGCAGUAAAACUGGUGACAUCCCACCCGAGCUUUUAAAACACGGUAUCACUGACAUACAGAGCUUUGAGGACUUGGAAGGUGAAUUGCUCUCAAAAGAUGACAAUAAGCAGAAAAUGUAUACCUUAGGAAAAUCCUAUGAUACUGUUUCUGGGAAAAUUGUAACCAUGACCACUAAAGUAAAGGAGGGAGAAAAAAUUGUUCCGCCAUCACUUGAUGUAUUUCAAAAAACAGAAAGGGCAAUGCCAGAAUCUGUGAAAAUCAUUCCUAUAGUAGCAGAAUAUGAAAUUCUAGAACCAGUUACUGAUGAGAAAGCCAGAAGAUUAUCUGAUGCCAAAAGAAGGGUUUCUGAGUCCUUGACACCCAUUAAAGAAGCGGACUCCCAACUACAAAGUCCAGAAGAGGAAAAUGCGAAGAAGACACUGAAGACGGAUCAAGAUUCGCAGUUGCCUGAUACGCUGGGAAGCGUGCAGACAGCCAAAGCUGAGAAAUCACUCGAGAGUGAACAACUAAAAGGAGAGACUUUUGGUUGGAAAACUAAACCUGAGUGGAAAUAUGGCGGAGAGCCACCUUUUACCAUUGCUACUGCUCACUAUGUCACUGAGUCAUCAGCAUCAAGAGUAGUGACAAAACAACUCUCCGAUGAAAAAACUUUGGAUGGUUCUGGUAUCUUCACAUUAAUAGAAUCUGCAAGGAAACCAACUGAGUUCAUAGGAGGGGUUACAACUACAUCACAUAGCUGGGCACAGCGAACAGAAGCAAAAACUGAUCAGGAAAAGAAGGCAGAGCAGCAGCCGCAGCAGCAGGAAGCCAUAAAGAAGGUUGUGCAGGAAACUGUAAUGGUCGAGGAGAAACUUGUGAUGAGUGUGCAUGCAAGUGGGGAUGCUGCUGAAUUGGCUGGCCUUCAGCUGGAUGCUACGGCACAGACAAUAUCUCAUGUGGCUUCUAGCAUCAAAGGGAAGGAGGGCUCUGCUAUGACUGAGGGGGCUAAAGAGGAAAAAUGGCAGGCGGUUGAAAAGGCUGCAGUCCAACAGGAAGAAACUGCUACUAUUUCUCAUGAUCUGGAAGAGGAGCAGAGUAAAUCAGCCCAUAUUUUGAAUACACAGGAAAGAAAACCUCUUUUUGAGUCACCCAUUGUGAAGACUGAGACAAUCAGUUUUGGCAGUGCUGCUCCUGGUGGAGAAAAAUUGGAAAUUUCUAUGAAAGAAGUACCUGUUGUCCAUACUGAAACAAAAACCAUUACAUAUGAAUCAUCUGAGAUGGAUUCUAGUGCUGACUCUGAACCAGGAGUUCUGAUGAGUGCACAGACCAUCACUUCUGAAACUACUAGUACUACAACUACUACACAUAUCACCAAAACAGUGAAAGGAGGCAUUUCAGAGACAAGAAUUGAAAAGCGAAUUGUGAUCACGGGUGAUGCAGACAUUGACCAUGAUCAGGCUCUGGCUCAGGCAAUUAAAGAGGCCAAAGAGCAGCACCCUGACAUGUCAGUGACCAAAGUAGUGGUACAUAAAGAGACAGAAAUCACACCAGAAGAUGGGGAGGAUUGACCACAGGAAUAAAAUAGCUUUCUUACGAACUUCAUCACUGGGAAUAUCAGAACCUGUAUGGAGUCUUGGUUCUAACCCAGCUGGCUUGCAUCUCUCCAGAGAAAUUUUCAGAAUGGAAGAUUUUGAUCUUGAUUGCUAACUAAGGACACUGGCAGAAAUUCCCCAUUUACAGCAAUUUGAAUCAGCAUUAAUAAUCUAAUAAUUGCAUGAAACAACAACAAAUUACAAAAAAGCAGCAUUUUUAUUUUCCUAAAUCAACUUUACAUCUAUAUGGCACGUUCAUCAAUACUAUAAAACAACUGUAUUAUGCUACACAUAAAACAGCUCAUGCCUUUACUAUUAUUGAGAGUCUAAACAACAGUUUCUUAGGGUACAAAGUUUUGUUUAGGGGAAAUCAAGAUCACACUAAAAUACUAGAAGCUGUACAGGUACUAUAUAUAUGUUUUAUCACAUUAGAUGUGCCAAUAACAUACUUUAUUCAGUAAAUAACUUGAAUCAUAUACUUGUUAUAAUUUGGUUUUAUUAUUCUUGUUCAAUAAACAAUGGUGAAUCUCUAAUCUUAUUUAAAUGCUUACAAAUAUGCUUUGUUUAUCUGAUUUGGGACCCUUAAUAGUUAAUCAUGAUUUCUAGAAUUGUUAAAGUUAGAAAUCCUGCCGUCACUUUUCUAAAGUCUCAAUCUAUAAAUUUGCAUUGUGAUUAUUUUGAAUAAAAUGUAUGUUUUCCUUAGCAUCUCAGAUAUGCUUAUCUGAAAAUGUGAUUUUUCAAAAACUGAGUUCCUGUCUACUCUCAGAGAAAGAUGUUUCUUUUGCAAGUCUAGUCAGUGUUCCUUACCUAGGUCAGAGUUAAGCCUUAAACCAUACACAACACUUACCAAGCAUUAUUUCAUUUUGGUUAUCACAUCAAUUUAAGGGAUCCUAUCUUCUUUAUGCUGUCAGUUUCAUCACAAUACAUGGCAAAUGUAUGUUUCUGCAUAGUAAAAUAAAAGUGGUAAAUGCACCUAAA